AUGAUUGCAAACUCUACAUUCCGCCAGGGAAUCCCUUGUGAUGCCGUUGGUCUGGGCAAGUCCUCCACAUCAUUGCUCGCCGCUCUCGAGAUCAAGGAAGUCAGACAGAUAUGGGUUGGUCUAAUUCUAGUAGAGGCCUCUCAUUUGAUUAUCACUGAGCCAUUCUGGGCACCAGGAAGAGAGGAGCAAGUCAUUGAACGUGCUCAUAGACUGCCUCAAAAACGAGAGGUUCACGUAUGUCGUGUUGUAUCUCACCCUUCGAUGGUAGAUGAGCUGGUGAACGACAGUCGCAGCUCUCAACUUGGCCAAAUACAUAAAGAUCUACAUGGGGUCCUCAUUGGGAAGGAUGACGAGACUUUCCAUAGAGAGUUACUGUCAACUCGAGCGGCACCUGAACAGGAACAGGAAGAGGAAGAGGAAGAGGAAGAGGAAGAGGAAGAGGAAGAGGAAGAGGAAGAGGAAGUGAGAGUGGAAUUGCUCGACCUCGAGGAUGCCAACGACCGUAUCAUGAAAAGAAUCAAUGCUAAUUGA